AACCAGCGCGAACCGUUAUCGUUGCUCAGAUUCGAAAAGACGACGGUGAAGUUUUGGUCGAAACGGAGAUUACGGACGAUUUACGACGUGGAGGUGUCUUCGAGGAGCUCGCUUAGGGUCGCUGAAGCUGGAAACAUGAAGCACAAAAUGAUUGGCAAGCUUCACCUUGCAAUUUGCUGGAUCGCGAUACUCCAGAGGAACGUUUCAACGGCGAAACCUCUGGACCCUGAAGACCUGGAGGGCCUGUUACCGCCAACGCCUCGCGACAAGAACGAAACCAUAGCCGCUGUCGUCCAGGAUCCCGUCGUUCAGGACGCAGUUCACCAAGCAGCCAGCAACUCGUCGUUAAACGGACUCGUCGUGAAGAAGAAAGUUUAUUUAUUACCUGCUACCGAUCCCAACAAGGUACUCUCCACGCGGGAGCAUCUUCUGGUCGUCCCUACGGAGAACUUGGAGGACGUACGAAUGAACAUCACGGAAGCCAAGCGAGCGGAGGAGGCAGUGUCCAUCGAGCUCACCUCGCCAGAAAACCAGUCAUUGUUCGAACGCGACGCGAAUGGAUAUACGCCCGAGAACGGCGCUGCUCUCGAUUACGAAAAUGGACCGACUCAGACCACGAAUCAGCUGCCGUACGACGAUACAUUGAGAUCAAAAACUGAAUUUUUGAAAGACAAGCUAAGCAAUGUGGCGACGUCGCCGGAAGACGACUCGAAGAAGGUGGCCGUGCCGAUCGUGGCGGUCAUCGAUCCGUCGAACGCGGAAAAAGGAAAGGUGAACAGCCCCAUAGUGGCCAUUUUGCCGAAUCAGCUGAACGGGGCCGCUCUGACCAACCAGGUCCAGUUCCUGAAAGACAACGGCGAUCAGAUUCAGACCAAAGCUCAGAGCUACAUCGAUGGAACGUCUCUCACCGUCGAUCCAGUUUCCUGGCAGCCGUCGACACACUCGUCGGAGGUCGCUUCGUCGACUCAGGGAAUGCUCCUGGCACCUGACGUGGCGUCACGAUGGGAAAUGGUCGGUCCGUUGUUCGAGGACGACGGGGCGAAAUAUCCGAGGCAAACCGGCGACAUGGACGUCGCCGAGGACAUCAUCUUCAGACCGUUGUUCAGGUACCGGCAGGAGACCCAGGAACGCUCCAGAUACAACGACGACACCGGCAACCGAAGAUACGGAUAUCCCGGUUACGGCUACUAUUCGAGACGCGGUUAUCCGUACGGAUCGCGAUACGACGAUUACUGAACGCGACAGGAUGCUGACCGACAUCGUUCGCCCAUUUACUUUCGAGCCAGAAAUUACGUUUCUAGUCCUGCCAGGGCAGACAUAUCCCCUACAAUCAUAAAGAACGUAUUUGUUAAUCGCGUUGUUUCUUUUUCUUCGACCUUAUGUAAAUACAUUUUGUAAAUCUAGACGGUUAAGGAUCUACGGAUAUACCAAUUGUUUGCAAUUUAUAUUGUAUAAUCUUGGAAAUGAAUAAAG